UAAAGAUGGUCUAACGACCGCAGAACCAGAACCCAUGUUCAUGGGCGUGAACAUGUUACUUGUGAAACAGAACUCACAAUAUAAUGUUUUAAAUCCGAAUAUUCACUUCGUAUCUUCUCCAGAACUAGAUACCAAUAUGCGUUUUAAGAACAUUUUAGACAUAAAAUCUACCAAUAAAGUAUGCUUAUAAUUGUCAAUUAAUUUUAAUUACGGUCUUACCAUACACGUUCAUCAUUACCACCAUAAUAGUAAUUUUUUUUUGUAUAAAAGCUACUGUUUCUGCUCUCAAGUCUUGAAGCGGCUUUGAAGAAGAAAAAAACAUGCACUAUCAAGAACAGAUGGAGUCUCUUAUGUUGGGUGAAGAACGCAGACGUGGAAACUGCGUUAGGGACGCAGAUGAAGGUUUCAACUCUCCGUCUUCUUUUCCUAACUCUCCUGACGAUUCGGACCGUCGCAGUUCAUCUUCUUUAAGGAGAGGGUUGUCAAAACAUUACAAAGGUAAAUCUCAGUCAUUCACAUCCUUGUCGGCAGCGUUAACAGUAGGGGAUCUCGCAAAACCCGAGAAUCCUUUCAACGUUAAACUGAAGCAGCGACGGGGGAACACUCACUGUCGACGGCUCUCCGGAUGUGGAGGUGCAUCGGAGCAAAACUUAGGCGUGCACGACGCUUUCCACUCCGGAAACGGUAGGCCGCCGAGACUUUCCGGUAACAGAGCGCCUCCGAGAGCCCAGACGCUCUCGGCUGCUCAUAUAUCGGCUUUGCUCACUCGAACCUAAACCGGAAAGUUUUUAGCUUUUCCUUUCUCUAAACCGGAACCGGGUUUCGUCUGGGACGAUGUUUUCCUAGCUUCCGUCUUCUUAAUCGUGUGAAUGUAAAAGUUAUGAAGUAUGUUGACUCCUUUAAUCGUUUUGUAAAUUACAGUUAAUUAAAUUAACUCAAGCCUACACUUGCACCGUA